AUGCGCCAGUCUGGUCGUGUUCUGAACGAGCAGUCAAUACCAGAAACAAUUGAGUGGUGCAGGAAAAUAGGACACAAAUCAUCUGACUUUGAUCGAUUGAAUAUAAUACACAUCGCCGGUACCAAGGGCAAAGGGUCGACAUGCGCGUUUAUAUCAUCCAUUUUAUCGCAAUACCUGACUCAGAAAAAGAAUGCGGAUACCUCAACUUCAGAGUCAACCCCUAAGUUUGAAAAGAUCGGCCUCUAUACCUCUCCUCAUCUUCGAUUCGUACGGGAAAGGAUACAAAUUAAUAAUUCCCCACUAACCGAGGCACAAUUCACGAAAUACUUUUUUGAAAUAUGGGAUCUGCUGGAAGAAGAUGCGCGCGCCAGAGGGGAGGAUCCGAAAGGGCCGAAUAUGAAACCGAACUACUUCCGAUAUCUUACCAUAAUGGCGUUCCACACAUACUUGAGGGAGAACGUAGACGCUGCUAUUAUAGAGUGUGGUAUAGGCGGGGAGUACGACACAACGAAUAUUGUGGUGAACCCUGUGGUCGAAGGCAUAACCAGCCUGGGGAUCGAUCAUGUGGCCAUGUUGGGCUCGACCAUCGAAGAAAUAGCGUGGCAUAAGGCAGGGAUCAUGAAGCCUGGAACCGUGGCCUACACCGCACCACAGCCUGAGACUGCAAUGGGUGUCCUUCGAAAACGGGCGGAGGAAAGAAAAACGCAACUGCAUGUCGCACAGGGCCACCCGGACCUCGUCCCCGGGAAGAUUUCAUUGGGCCUCUCAGGCGAGUUUCAAAACAAAAAUGCAGAGCUGGCAGUAGCUAUCUGUAGCUCAUUUUUAAAGAAACUUGGCUUCCUUGAUGUACCAUCGUACGCCGACCAGACCCCUCUACCCGAAAAGUUCAAGGCCGGCCUCGAAGGGGUAAAACUAGGUGGCCGAUGUGAAAUCAGAAAGGAAAAGGGUUUGGUCUGGCACAUCGAUGGAGGACAUACGGCCGAUAGUAUUGAAGUUGCUGGGAACUGGUUCUCAAGCCUGCCGUAUACACAGACACGGCCUACUGAAGGCAAAAGGAAACCUUGCAUCUUGAUUUUUAACCAGCAGACGCGGGACAGCACAGCGCUGGCAAAUACCCUUCACAAAGCACUGACUGCCGGCAACUGUGUCUUUACCCAUGCCAUAUUUUGCACGAAUGUGACUUUCAAAGAGGCGGGAUACCGACCAGACCUCGUGAGCAUCAAUACAGAUGCCUCAGAUGUUGAGAAACUCAGCGUUCAGAAUAACCUAGCGAAGGUAUGGCAUAGCUUGUCAUCAAACACUGAAGUGGAAGUCAAGGCCACGAUAGAAGAAGCCGUGGAGACUGCGCGCAAUAUAGCCGCAGCACACAACGAAGAGGACUCUUCUUCAGAGAGUGUUUCUGUCAGUGUAUUGGCCACUGGCAGCUUACACCUUAUCGGCGGCCUCCUUGAAGUUCUAGAGACGAAUCCUCAGGUCAAAGGGACUUAA